AUGGCAGAUGCAGCUCUUUCUGGCCUUGUGAGUGAUGUGUUGAGGAGCCUCACAUCGACCGCUAUCCAGGAGUUUGGGCGACUUCGGAGACUCGAAGCUGAUGUUUCGGCUCUCAACAACACUUACACUCAAAUCCAAGCUGUUCUCAGCGAUGCAGAGGUGAAACAGAGGAAGGAAAAGGGUGUAGAAACAUGGCUCAGCAAUCUCAGAUCUGCAUCUUUGGAGGUCGAAAACAUUCUCGACAAUGCCUUAACUGAAGGUAUGCUGCAAAGGCUACACAACGAAAGAGGCAUCAAAUACAAGGUAAGAGCCUUCUUCUCCUACAAUCAUAACCCCCUUUUGGUCCGUGCUAAGGUUGCUUAUAAAGUAAAAGCCAUAAGAAGAAAAUUGGACAAGAUUGCAGCAGACAGGUCCCAGUUUAACUUGAUUAGCGAUGCCGUAAGCGUGGAUGAUGGUGAGACAAGAAACAUGGAAACUAGUUCACUCGUACCUACAUCCAUUAUAUACGGAAGAGAGGCAGAUAUGGAGAUGGUGGCUCAGAAAAUAUGUAGCAAAGAUAUAGUUAGACACGACACUGAAACGGUCCAGGUGUGCGCUAUCUGGGGCAUGGGGGGAGUGGGAAAGACUACUCUAGCUCAAUUAGUCUACAACAAUGAAUGCGUGAGGGAACAUUUUGAGUUACAGUCAUGGGUGUAUGUCUCCAGUGAGUUCAAAGUUAAGAAGUUAACAAGAGCUAUCAUAGAAUCCAUUGAUAAAUGCCAAUGCCAACUUCCGCAGCUGGAUGCGAUGCAGGUAUAUCUCCAAAACAAGUUAAAAGGAAAGAGAUUUUUUAUUGUAUUGGAUGACGUCUGGAACGACGAGAGGACGAAGUGGGAUGAGUUAAGUAAAGCACUCAGUAGUGGAGCGGAAGGUAGCAUUGUUAUGAUCACAACACGAAAUCAAACAACUAGCAGAAUGAUGGCUAAGGUUCCUGAGUUCCAACAUAAAGUGGGAUGUUUGUCUGAAGAGGACUCGUGGUCAUUAUUCAAGAAAUUUGCAUUUGCAUCUGGAAAGGAGGGGGGAAACAUAAGGGAGCUAGAGUCUAUUGGAAAAGAGAUAGUCGAUAAAUGCAAAGGACUGCCUUUAGCAGUGAAGACUUUGGGUGUUCUAAUGUGGUCGAAAGGUAAUGCGAGUGAGUGGCAAAGUGUGAAUAAGAGUGAUGUAUGGGAGCUCCAAGAAAAUGACAUUUUGCCUGCUUUAAAGUUAAGCUACCAUAACUUGCAUCCACAUUUAAAACGAUGUUUUGCUUAUUGUUGUUUGUUUCCUAAAGGCUAUGAAAUGGGAAAAGAUUUAUUGAUAGAGUUGUGGAUGGCAAAUGGCUUUAUUCCAUCUAGAGGAGAAACAGACUUGUAUGUGAUUGGGGAAGAAAUAUUUAAUUGUUUGGUUUCGAGGUCCUUCCUCCAGGAUGUGCAAGAAGACGAAAACUCCAAGGAUUUGGUAUGUAAAAUGCAUGAUUUGAUGCAUGAGCUAGCACGAUAUGUGAUGAGAUAUGAUUGCUCAAUUAUAAACCCAGGUAAGGAGUUGAUAACCCCUGAUGAGGUACUUCAUCUUAGUUCAUCCUCUUCGGAUUUUUUCUUCUUGGACCAGGAUUUGGUAAGGCUAAGAUCAUUACGAUCAAUAUUCAUCAUUGUUGAUGAAUACAAAGGGAACAUUAGCCAAAUUUCAAACCAUGUUUAUCUAAGGGUGUUGUGUUUGGAUGGAAUCAAACAAUCAACAUUGCCAGAAUCAAUUUGUGAAUUGAAACAUUUGAGAUACUUGAGUAUAUCACACUCAGGCGUACAUUUUCUACCCAAAUCAAUUAUCUAUCUCCAAAAUUUGCAAGUCUUACUUGUGCGAGGGUGUACGAAGUUGGAAAAGUUGCCUGAAGGUAUGAGAUACAUGAAGAAUCUUCGAUGUCUCGAUAACCAAGACUGCUAUCGAAUCCACUGUAUGCCUGUUGGAAUGAAAGAAUUAAGGUGUCUUCGAAGACUUGCAAGAUUUGUUGUUGGUAAAAAGAAAGGGGCCCAAAUUAGGGAACUGGGAGAUCUAAAUCUUCUUGGAUGGGGGUUGGAAUUAGAUGGGCUUAAGAAUGUUGGAGGUUUGGAAGAUGCCAAGAGUGCCAAUCUGAAAUGCAAAAUAAAUUUAGUAUCUUUGGUAUUAUGUUGGUCCGGCAGCGAUGGAUUUAAAAGUGAAGGAGAAACGGCUAGACACGAUGAAGAGGUUGUCGAGGGAUUGGAACCAAAUUCGAGUCUCAAGGAGCUGGAAAUACGAAAUUACAUGGGAAAGAUGAUUUCACCGAGUUGGAUGAUGAAUUUAAGGAAUUUGGUGAAGAUCAACUUUUCGUGCUGUGAAAGAUGUGAAAGCAUUCCAUCACUCGGAAAAUUACCCAGCCUUAGGGUUAUACAUGUAGCGUGGAUGCUUGUUCUCAAGUGUUUCCAUGAUGAUGAAUUUUCUGGUUUACAAGAGUUACACAUAUAUCACUGUUUAAAGCUGGUUUCUAUGCCUUCUAACCUUCCAAAUCUUGAGAGAUUAGAUAUGCGAUCCACUGGUUUAGUUUCUAUUCCUAGUAACCUCCCAAAACUCGAGAGAUUAGAUAUAGAUCAUGCACCAGAUUUAGUGUCUUUGCGUAGUAACCUCCCAAAACUCGUGAGAUUAGACAUAAAUGAUGCACCAGAUUUAGUUUCUUUGCCUAGUAACCUUCCUAAACUUGAGAGAUUAAAUAUUCGUUCCACGGGUUUAGUUUCUUUGCCUAAAAACCUCCCGGAACUCUUGAAAUUAGAUAUGCAUUUCAUGAGUUUAGUUUCUUUGCCUAGUAACUUUCCGAAACUCAGGGAUUUAUUUAUGGAGAAGUGCUCAAAAUUAGUUUCUUUGCCGGUUAACCUUCCAAAACUCAACGACUUGUUUCUGGAAAAGUGUGAGAAAUUAGUUUCUUUGCCGAGUAACCUCCCGAAAUUGACUGAGUUAUGCAUAUAUGAUUGCCCCCGAGUACAUUGUUUGCCGGAUGGGCUCAAGGAACUAACUUCUCUCACGAUUAGGAAAUGUGAAAAUCUACAGCGAAGGUGUGAGAAAGAGAUUGGAGAAGAUUGGCCUAAAAUUUCUCACGUUCCCUGUGUAGAUGUGUCACGGGGCUGAGGAAGAGGAGUGAAUGGUUGGCGUGAUAUCUUAACAUAUUGAGCGUACAUAUCACUCAACAUACUUAAGGUAAUCCAUUGUUUAUAUAGAUUGUAUGUUAUGGUUUAAAUUUCCUUAAUUUGUGUACAGAUUCAUCAUAAAUCUUCAUCAGAUACCAUUCAUCCGCUAGUGGUUUAAAAGAUUGUUGCAUAUAGUAAGUGCAAUCUCAAUUCUUGCAUCUAUUUCUUUAAGUUGUGUACAUAUAU